AAACUAUAUAAAUCUGCACGACACAUAAUUUGAAUCACAGGCCGACCGGCGAACGAGAUUGACUAUAUUGAUGCAAACGGGUCAGAUCAAGAUGAAGGCGGCCAUUUUGGUAUUGUUUUCGAUGCUUGCGUAUAGUAACGCUCAGAACUGUUCAACCUCAUGUGUAAAUUCAACGACAUGCGGCUGGACCUGCGAAGAUUCCAGUAAUGAGAUUCUAGAUGCUGACGUAACCGGGUGCUCAAAUACCCCUCCUACCUGUUCAUAUACAACAGGAACCUCAGGAAAUGCAACCUCGGGAGAAUGUUCAGCUGGGUGUGUGUCAAAAACCGGCGGAAGUGGAUCAUCCAAGCUUGAAUUUCUAACACCACUACUUGUUCUCGGGACCCUGGCAAGACUGUGUUUCUAUCCGUGAUAGUAAUACAUAUCGACAAUGAACCAUUAGACAUCUGGAAACCAUCGUUAGUUUUAACGAAACAAAUGAAAGGUGUCUGUUUCCGUCCCUGUAACAAAUGCAAGCGUUGAAUCACAUGACAUGUGAGGAGCUGCACGUGCGUGCCUUACUAAAUCAAAAACUGUUGAACCGUUUGCUGUUACAAGACAAAAACAGUUGCAAACACAAGAGAAAACAAUAUUUGUGUCUAAUAAAGGACUUUAAUAGGUCGAUCCAAAUGAUUCAGUUCAAAGUUCAGAUAUGUUACUGAGUGUAAUUUCGUCUGUUAGAAUCUCGCAUGCAGAUAAUCUGAGCUAAAUGCUUAAAUAUUUGUAUUUUUGAAUGCUGAUCAUUAGUGAGUAAACGCCACAGAAAAUUAAGAUUUGCCUUCAGUUCUUUUUAUUGAUUGAUUUUUUUCUUCUUAAUUUUCCAAUAUGGCUCUUCAUUUAUCUCUAAUUUUGUUUUUUCAAAAACCAAAUCAUAUUAGGAGCAAUACUUUAUACACAGAAGCCUUUGCCCAGUCAAAGUUUUGCGCUUUCUUUGUAAAAUCCACAUUUGCCAAGCUUUACUUUAUUUUCAUUUCUAAAAACAUGCAAUGAAACGCAAAGGCAUGGUUAAUUUCACAUACUACUUCAGUGUGAUAUAAACAGAGAAAUUGCAACUCAAAGGUCAGAACUUUUAGGUUAAGCAACGAAGCUUUGUCGCGUGCUGAACCUAAAAAAUCUUAUAUGGGAUUGCGAUUCCUAUGGUAAUAUCAAAUAGGAUGAUUGAUAAUUUUCCCUCCACACUUUGUAAACGGUAACAAUAACGUGUAUUACACCGCUCCAUAGUCAUUGGAGCAUGAAAUGUGUGACAAUGGUAACACUGCAUAAAGUGAUGACGCGACUGUGACGUUUUCAGAAUAAAAGCGCAUGUGAGAUGACGCUCCCUGGGAAGGUACAUGUAACGAUAAGUUUGUCUUUUCCCUUGCAAAAGCAUGACUGCAUCUGUAAAGUGUAGAAGCAAAUCAAUCGAUGAAGCACCGUCAUAAAUGUUCUGUCAAUUUGUUCACCAGGCAUUGUAUUGACUAGAAUUUUAACGAAAUUUUGUUAACUAGCUUGAAUUGUAGCGUACAGACGCACAUUGCAACACAAUAUAGUCAAUCAAUACUGUUUCUAUUUAAAACCUCUUCCAACGAUCAGUUUCAGUCACUCUAGCUGUGAGGUGAU